CCCGCUACCAUGUCUAUCGCCACGAUAUCUUUUCAACCAAGGCAGUCCCUACCCGUCAUAGGACAAGAUUUUACGAUGAAGUGCACCUAUUCACCUCCUUCGCAUCUUCGCACUGUCAAGUGGAAACACGAAGAAACACCAAUUGCGUCUGAAUCGUGCACAACUGCGAGUGAAUGUACACCUAAUAAUUCUAAUCCUACAAAGUACAAGUUAUUGGGAGAUGACCGCAGCACAUCCCUUACAAUAAUCAAUUUGACCACUGGUGACAAUGGGAGAUACACAUGCGCUUUUCUAAACAAAAGUGGAUUAAGGUCGGCGUAUGAACAGUUGGAAGUACUAAGCCCAGUUCCACCAACAAGAGUCUUUGUGUCUGAUGCCCAGUCGGGCUGGCAAUACUUGAACUACGCUAACAUAAGUAUAACUGCUGGAGAUCCGUAUAUUAUCACCUGUGAAGCAAAUAGGGCAAGGCCUCCUGCAGUGCUGCAAUGGCUAAUACCAGAAGGUGUGACCGUUGUUCAUCAGGAUCAAUCUGAUGUUAUUCAAGACGGAUCUUACAUCUCCAGGAAAACUUUGACAAUCACACCCACCAGAGAUCACCACGGAAAGAUUCUUAGCUGCAUCGCAUCACACCCAGAACUACAAAAGAAUAUUAGAUGCUUAGUUAGUCUAAAUGUUCAUGUUCUGCCAACCAGUGUGCUGCUCUUUCUAACUGGAGGUAACCAGUCACAAUCAACAGUCCUAUACGUUCAAGGAGAUUCACCGACUUCAAUCACUUGUAAAAGUAUUGGGUCAUUCCCAGCAACUGAGCUAUCGUUUGGGUUAUUUGGUGACUCUGACAGGACUCGGAUCCAUGCAAAUGUCUCAAGCACUAGGAGUAUUUUAGACGACACUUUGUUUGACACUGAAAGUACCAUUACCAUUAGGCCAGAUGCCACGAACCAUGGAAUGCACAUUUUAUGUUCCUCGUAUAUGGAGGACGGCUUCUUUGGUAAAAUACUGACAGUUAGACUAAUUGUGUACGGGAUACCAGACGAAGUUGUAAUGACUGUCCCGGAUGAUAUGCUCAAUUUUACCUGCAGAGCUUUCAAUGGAUACCCUAGUCAUCUUAUCCAUUGGUAUAUCGGAUCAAGGAAUGUCACAGGUCAAUCAUCUCUCAAUAUAUCAGUCAAUGGCGCUGAUCGAUAUGAUGCUGAAAGCACUCUAAUCUUCUUGCCAAAUAGGUUUGAUCACGGCAAACGUCUUCUCUGCCAAGCAGCUCAACCUACCUCAUCCUGUUCCCGGUUUGCAAAUAACACAGGAGUUCUGAUUAUAUCUUGUCAGAUUAAAAGGCCGGUGGCAGUAAUAUAUUUGAAAUAGUCAGCAGAUUAGUCAGCUAUUCCAAAAAUUGAGAAUGGAAAUAAAAUUCAAGAUCAAAAUCCAAAUGAAUUACAACCGUUCCAAUAGACAAAGCAUCAUUGCGAUAAUUGAAGCACAAUAAUGUCAUUCCAGCGGAAGGGGACAAGAUGCAUAACAAUUUCCGAAGGAAAAAAAUCGAAAGCAAGGGGACCUAGGGUGUACUGAAAACGUCUUUGCAUAAUUUUAAAGAUGAAUCGAAGGAUUUCAUGCCAAAUUUGGUGAACUUUCUGAAAUAUUUAGAAAGUGUAAGUUGUCAAAUUUUCUUGGGAACACCCCCCCCCCCGCUGCUGCAUCCAGCCAUGCGCUUAAUAAUCAUGCAAAUGUUUAAACAUUUAAUGUAGUAAAAAUAAUCGUCAUUGUUACUGAGGAAUCAUUACUAUCAUAUUGAAGGGGUGGGUUAGGAAAGUUAUUCGAAAAGUCCAAAACUCAAUUUUUUUUUCGAGGAUUCUUUUACUAUUUCGUAGUGUUUAAAUUUCGUGUCAAGACUCACGACUGGAAAACCCGAAUAAAUACUACUGCUACUCUACUCUAAUGACCUAAAUAGAUUUGUGAAGAGAUAAUUUUUAGCUGUGGGUCAGAAAAUUUAAAUACCUGACACUUAGAUAUUCGAAGGGUUUAUCAUUUUCUAUUUCACGUAGGUAGACAAAAUUAAACAUAAUUUUGAACUUUUUAAUCAUAUCACUAUUAAUAUUUUGGAGUCUAAGCAUGUAUUUCCAAUACAUUAAUUUUUGUUUCAAAGUUCAUGCUGAUAAUUUUUUGUCAAUAUCUUUCAAAUCAAACAUUGGACUUCUUGCCCUUUUAUGUUUACCCCCAGUAGUCCAGUCACACAUAAAUAGGGAAUAUGACACUCCGAUAAAGUAUUCAUCAUCUAUAUCUCAUGCAUAUUAUUAUAUGUAGUAGAUUAAAUGCCAAGUAUGUACAAAGUAUCAACAAAUCGGUAUUCACAAUAAAAUUGUGUCUAUUUAGUUGAACCGUGGCCUGUAUAUCUAUGUGGUUUUAUAUAAUGUUUAUUGUUUCUCAUAUUGCUGGAUUGACGUAUU